GUAGUAACUGUUGCAACGAAAACUUCACAUUGCCUUGACAUUGUCAAGUCAGCUUCUAGAGUUCAACAAACUUGUUGAAGCCAGAGUCGUGCCCGUCAUCGCGUAGCCCACUUUCUUGGUUUCUGAUGCUGAGUAGUCCCAGGAGCAGUGCUUCUGAAGUGGUUUUAGAACGGCACAAUCGCGCCACUGAGGUUCUGCGGUUUGGAGGUACGCUGGUGAAGGGUUGAAUUCUAGGGCCUUGCGCGCCCUCUGCUGAACUGGCGGGCAGCAGCACAUAACGGUCUGCGUCACAUAGCUGCCCGUGCCGCUUAGCCAAGAUUCCAAAAUGUGUUAGGUGGUAUUACCGGCGCAGGCGGUACCCUGAACGGCCACCAUGGCGCCUCACGACGCCGCCCGGUCAUCCCCGGGCCGGCUCCCCAGCACAUCUCCACACCCUCCGGUCGGCCCUGCCAGUGGCAACAGCAGCCGUCGCCUCAGCGGGGCGGGUACCGGGGGUAUCAUGGGCCCGCCCCGCGGCAAAUCGCCCGCACGCGGCAUGGGCACAUCCAGCACUGCUGCUGCUGCUGCGGGUUCCGGCGGUGUCGGCACGCAGUCGCCGGCAGGCGGCCAGCCUCCACUAGCUGAUGGCGGCGGCGGCAGCGGUGGGGGAACAGUAGGCGACCUACCUCGCUUGCUGCCGCGCGUGUCAUCUAACGGCGCGAGGAAAUCGGAGUCUGGUUCCGAAGCCGCCCCAGGCAGCAGGGCCACGGCUGGUGCAUACCUACGACGCUCAUCCACCGUUGGUAUGAGUCACCGGGAGCUAGGAGCACCUGCCGCCGCCGCCACCACCGGCCGUACUGCCACGUCCAACCACGGCGGCGUGGGGGGAAUGCCAGGGGUCGGCGGCACCCCGGAGGGCGGCGCGUUCCUUGUCAAGCGGGAUCGUGACACGCUGCAGCACGAAAAGGUGAUGCUGCUGGUGAACAAGCGGCGGCUGGAGGCCCUGCUUCGCGGGGUGCUGGACCAGCAGCAUCCGCAGCAUCCGCAGCAUCCGCAGCAGCAGCAGCAGCAGCAGCAGCCGCUGUUGGAGCAGGCAGAAGGCGGGGGCGUGUCGCACUCGCUCCCUGCCCCAGUGCAGCGAGCCUCAUCGCUACGCAGCAGCGGAAAUGGAGCCUUCAUGUUGGGCUUAGCCACGGGCCCUGGCUCUGCCAGCGUCGGCCUGACCGGCGGAAACCUACGGUCGCAGAUCCUGAAGGCUCUCGAUGACAGCUCAGGCUUGGACGCACAGAUCACUCCCUCGGGCGCUGUCGGUAGCGCGCUGAGCGGCGGUGUGGCUGCAGCAGGCACAGAUGGAAAUGCCGACGCCCGUGUCCAGGAGUUGAGCGCGCGCCUGGCACAGCUGCAGACCGAGCAUGACAUCGCCAUCGCUCGUUUUGAAGGCGAGCUUAGGUACCGCAACACGCAGGCCUCCGCCGCCACCAGCCAGCUGCUGCGGCAGCUGUCAGAGCUGGACUCACAGGUGGACGUGCUGAGGCGGGCGCUGGCGGCUUCGGAGGGGCGUGUGGCCGACCUCACGGCGCAGAACACGGACCUCCGCCACAGCAACCAGGACCUUGCGGCGGCCCUACGCGACAAGAGCACAGCCCUGGAGGAGGCGACGAGCCUGAUGAGGCCCGACACAGCCGCGCUCAGCGCCGCACAAGACGUGCUCCGCUCGCAGCUGCGGGAAGCUAACCUGGCGCUGGCGUCACGUGAGCGGCGCAUGCACGAGCUGGAGCGGCAGGCCGCGGUCCGGUCCAAGGCGCUUGAGAAGGCGCAGCGCGCCAUCACGGAGCUGCGCACGCUGUCCGGCAUUGCUGCCGUCGGCGGCGGCGGUGGCGGCGGCGGCGUGGCUGGCGGCGGCGCUUCUAUCAGCGGCUUCGGAGGUGGCGGCGACGUCCUGGCGGCGGCGGCCGCGCUGGGCCUGACGCACGAUGAGGCUGAUGGGGUCUAUGGUGGAGCUGGGCCCGGCGGCGCCAGCGGAGCGAGGGCGGGCAGCGGUACUGCUGGCUGGCAACACCCCGUGUCGCCGCCACGCCCCGACAGCCGCUCGCCUGCCGGGGCGGAGUCUCCCGCCGGUUCUGCGGGUGCGGGGGCCGGCACAGCCAUAGGCGGAGCGUGCCGAUCCGCGAACAGCCCUCCGCCGCUGGUGUUGGUGACAAGCUUUUUGAAGAAAGCAUAAAGGCGCGCGCUGGCGCUCAGCUUUCUCAUUCAAGCGAAUUUCGCUGCUUCAUUGUCCAGCGGUACGUCAGCACAUGUUGCUCAGGAUGUGAUGACUGGCGGUGAAGGUGAAGGUUUGCCACACGCUGUUACAUAGGCGUCCCGAUGGCAGCAUUGUGUCUACUGGGGGCGUUACCGGUGGGGCUGCAAAUUUUACGAGCAUCAAGCACGUUUGUGUUGGAUGGCGAAGCUGCAAGGCGUUCGUGGAUCGGGUUGAGUUGCAACCCAUGCAUAACAUGGGGGCAGCGGCCCGUUCAUGCGCUUUCAUAAAGCGACACUGGAUAGAGACUACCACUGCGCGGAAACCCUGGACAAACAAGGACCUUGGCCUCAUGAAUUGCACGACGGCGUGCCAUUUCCGCCGGCGGUUGGCGGCAGGUACUUGCCCGCGUCGUCCCCAGAAGCCGAGACGUCUGUAACGGCGCUAAGAU